ACUUUCUGACCAUAAACAUUGAGUUUCUAACCUCCAAACUCAGAAAUUCAUACACAAGUGAACAUAACGUGUUAAAAUAUGAAUUAAAACUAUCAAAAUCAUCCUUAAUUGUUUCAGAAUCUCUUUCGGGGGUAAAAUGCAUGAGUCGUUGGAUAAUGACAGUGAUAGCGAUUCUGUUGUAGCUGAGUUUCCACUUUAUCAUUCAACACGUCUAAAAGAUAGCCUUUAUGUAUUUCAACACCUGAAUGAUAUCACUGGAAGCUUCAAAGGAGGUGAAGUAUCCCAUGCCUACUUCAAGCCCGAAAAUCAAGAAUUUAAAUUCAAAGUUGGUAUCGAUGCACAUGAAUCAACCUACAAUAGUCAUUUCGAUCUAGAUGAUGAGUCAGACAACACUGUGACUGUGCAUUCUCAAAAAAAUAUUUGUGCACCUGAACAUAUUGCGGUUGUGGCAUUCAAUGGCAAGGAAGUUCAUCUUACGACAGUUAAGAAUGUAUUUACAUUGGGUGUAGAUUAUGAAUCUGAUAAAAAGGCUCCAGAUAAGAAAAAAAAUGUAGAGGAGGAAAGCUCAGACAAUGAAGCUGGUCCAAGUAAUCCUACACAAAUUACCGUUAAGUUUAAACAAAACCCUAGACCCAAUCAGAAACAGAUACUUAGUUCCAAGAGCCAUAAUGAUAAAAGAGCUAGUGAGAAAUGGUUAGAAUGUGAAUUGGAAACAGAAGAAAGCACUAUUAGUAGAGUUGAAAAAAUGAAAUUAUUCACUGAAUACAUGCAUGAAACUUAUCAAGAAAAUAAUUUGGAUGAAAGCACUUACUUGAAACAUUUAGUGGGGAAAGAUCAAGAACAAUCUACUGACGAACCUUCACUACCUUCUCACUUGAUAUCUCUAAAUGCUCUUAGAGCACUGCCUCUCUUAGAACAAUGUAGAUUGUUGUUAAAAGGAUCUCAAAUUGUUCAAUUUCAACAAAUUUUGAUGCUUCUUGCUGGGUGUUCUGGACUUACAACCGACAGUCUAUUGAAGACUCUUCCUAAAGUUGCAGUUUUGGUCAGAGGUAAUUGGGUGGUAAAAUCAGAGGUAUUGUAUCCACCAGAUACAUUAUCUCCCAUCUGUGGUGUUCCUUCUGACAACAUGUGUAGGGCACGAGAUUAUUUGCUCUAUCUUUUCACCAAAAACCAGUUUGUGGAGCGUAAAAAAGUAGCAUCGAUAGUGAAAGUUCCUGCAGAAGAGGUUAAGGAGAUCUUCAAGGGGGUAUCAUCGUUAAGACAUAAUAAAGGCUGGGAGUUGAACUUGGAAACAGAUUUUGAUUUUAUCGCAAAAUAUCCAGACAUAGAACAGCGACAGACUUUACUAUGGGAACAAAGAUACAUUCAAGUUUGUGAUUUUCUCAAAGAGAAGAAGAGACGGAAAAGUAGAAGUGAGAGUAAAAGUUUUAGUGAGGAUAAGAAAAGUGGACAUAGUCAUAGUUCAGAUAAUGAUUCUGGUACAGAAAAAACUAGGUCCCCCCCUAGGAAGAAGAGAAAGACUGACUUGUCAAAGUAGCUGAAUUGUAAAGGUUUUCUAAUUAUUCCUCAGUUUAGGUAUUAUUUAAUUACUUAAGGAAUUGGAUCAACUUAAUGCUCAUUAUUUAUUUAUGGUUGAUCUCCCGAAAUUGUACAUUUAUAAAGCAAGUGUAAAUAUUGCGCUACUUGAAUUUCUCAUUGUUGACUGGGAAAUAAAAGAAAUUGUAAACACUGUCAACUGUAACUACUGCUGUAUAAAAGGUAAGUUUGGCCAAAUCAGAUUAUUUUUACGGAUGAAUUAUGAAAAUAUGGUUUUUUAUCUAAUAAAAGUUAUGAUGAUCGACAUUUCAUGAGAA